GGCCCUGAGCCGGAAACCAAAAGGUCAGCAUUUCGUUACAGAAGAAGUCUCCUUCAGCUCGCCCUCCAACCGGUGACUUCUGCCUCAGCUGUGUGUUGUGGGGAACAUCUCCAAAAAGUCACUUUAGUAUAACACUAGUACCGUCUUCAACUGGUACAAUGGCCGUGCCUCCCACUUAUGCUGAUUUGGGCAAGUCUGCCAAUGAUAUCUUCAACAAAGGCUAUGGAUUUGGCCUGGUGAAACUUGAUGUCAAGACAAAGUCAGCUAGUGGAGUUGAAUUCAAGACAUCUGGCUCAUCCAACACUGAUACCAGCAAAGUUGCUGGUACCCUGGAAACCAAAUAUAAACGGCCUGAAUAUGGCCUGACCUUUACUGAGAAGUGGAACACUGACAACACGUUGGGAACUGAAAUUACUGUUGAAGAUCAGAUUACAAAAGGGCUAAAGUUGACAUUUGACACAACCUUCUCACCCAACACUGGCAAAAAGAGCGGCAAGGUUAAGACCGCUUACAAGCGCGAGUACCUCAACUUGGGCUGCGAUGUUGACUUCGACUUCGCUGGCCCCACGAUCCACGGAGCUGCCGUCGUUGGUUACGAGGGAUGGCUCGCCGGUUACCAGAUGAGCUUCGACACCGCCAAAUCCAGAAUGACCAAGAACAACUUCGCCAUUGGCUAUAAGACGGGAGACUUCCAGCUACACACCAAUGUCAAUGAUGGAGCUGAGUUCGGUGGCUCCAUCUACCAGAAGCCCAGUGACAAGCUGGAGACUGCAGUCCACUUGGCAUGGACCGCCGGCAGCAACAGCACAAACUUCGGCAUUGCCGCCAAAUACCAACUGGACAAAGACGCCUCCAUCAGUGCUAAAGUUAACAACAACAGCCUUGUAGGUGUUGGGUACACCCAAACUCUCAGACCAGGUGUGAAACUGACCCUCUCUGGUUUGAUUGAUGGGAAGAACAUCAAUGUAGGAGGCCACAAGCUGGGUCUGGGCUUGGAACUGGAAGCCUAAACUGUCCUCAUACUGCUAGGGACUAGGGGAUAUAUCAGAAGAAUCAGGCCUUAAACGUAUGUCCAACUCAAACCAGCAAAGGGGGAAAUCAUGGAGAGAUCAGUUCAAAGGCUUCUGCAACACACUCUCGGGCACCACAUCAAGUCGGUGCUGUUGUCUUCAGAAUAUUUUAUCUUUUUGAUGCUUUUUACUUUGUGGUUGCAUCAAUUCAAAAGAUAGUCAUAUUAUUUAUAAAUACUGUUGUUGUUCUUAUCCAGCACUGCCAUAAUAAUUUUAAUAAUCCAAUCCCUCUGUAUAACUGUGUGUGGCUUUAUUGUAAUAAUCCCAGACACUCCAUUGUUCUCCUUUUUUAUGUGAAAAACAUAAAUUCAAUCAUUUGUUUCCUGAAGAUUGUCUUUAUUCUUUGUCAUCUUAACAGGAAUCAAAUUCAGACGUAAAUUACACUAGACUUGUGUUUAAAUACUGACCAUUUACACAAGGACACAUACUGAUGUUCUGUUUAUGUCAAUGUUUGGUGCUGGGAUGUUUUAGCAAAGCUACAUAUGUGACCUUCCCCUAAACUGAACAGUUUGGGGGUUACUUAAAGUGGGGGAGAAACCUGUAUGUUGGAUCGCCCAAGCAGAGUUAUAUUUUGUUUAUUAUGCAACAACAGACAACUGUGGAGCACAUAAUAUUUAAAUUGAUGCCAAGCUAUAGAAUUAUUUGGAGGAUUUGUAGAGUAAAGUUGUUAAGCUGUGUUGCUGUUCUGAGUGGAGACCGAUCCUGCAAGUCUUUGAGGUCCCUUUUGUGUAUGUAUGGAUUUUCAAUAAAGUCUUUGAGCUUGAUAAACAUC